AUGGGGAAACGCACAUCAACUUCCCGACGCCCUCGACCGACCGGAAAGCAGCCCAAGAAGGCCACCGUGACGACCACGCCGCCCCUUGUCUCCUCCGCACGCAGCACGGAGACCCCUACCACGUCCCUGCGAGGUAGUCCGCGCACACUGCCAGUUGUAUGCGCUCACAUCGGGUCGCAUUUCUCCGUCGGUGUAGGCCGCACCUUGCGGCCGAGCGAGCGCAAGCUGCUGGGUGAGGACCGCUCGAGCGCCAGAACCACCGCGACCCCACGGCCAGCUUCCUCCCGCCGACGCUCCACUCCACCCGCACGAGCAUCGCAACGAGCCCGAUGGGGAGGGGACGAGGUAAAGGGAGAGCAAGAGAAGGUGGACAAAGAAGACGACGCGCUCUCGGCGUGCAAAGCAAAGUUGAAGACGAAGGAAGGAGAGGUCCGGUCGCUCGAGCGCGAGCUCAAGCGACGGACGCAGGACUGGCGCAAGGAGGAGAAGCGGCUCAAGUCCUCGGUGAAGCGCAAGGAGAAGGCCCUUCACGACAUACGCGCGAGCUUCGAGAAGGAGACUGUGGCCGCGAAGCUCGAUCUGCAGCGCGCCGAGGAGAAGAAUGAACAGCUCGAGGUGCUGCUGAAGGAGAAGGACGUGGCGCUCGUGCCCGGUGCGCCAGGUGGCGUGAGCGUGCGAUGGGUGCUCGAACAGCUGGAGGAGCAGUACACGUGUUCUUUGUGUUUUGAGGUCAUGGCCCUACCGUACGAGUUGAAUCACGGACGGUGCGGGCACGCCUUCUGCGCGCUUUGCGCGCUCAAGUGGUGCUUCGCCGCCGUGCACUGGGAUUGUGGCUACUGGCACGAUACCCUGGAGUGUCCCCUGUGUCGCGCGGAAAUGCCGUUCGUCCCCGACCAACUCCCCCGGCUAAUGUCUAGCUUUCCAUUCGUUCCAAAUCGUCUCGCGGACAACACGAUCCGAUCAUACCUGGAUAUUUUGAAAGAUGCCGCCGAGUCGAGGAGUAGCAACCCCAAACCGGCGGGAUUGGGGGGAGCGAGCCGUGGCAAGAAAGAGAUGACGAACCUGAUCACCAAUUGGACGAGUUGGGACGGACAGCAGUUCCGUGAUCUCAAGGAGCGACUGGAAGUCGGGUAG